AAUAAGUCUAAACGUAUGUUAUGCAUCGGAGUUGCGCAUCCCAGUAGGCGGAUUUAAAUUCGUCUCUAUAUAAACAGGAGAGGCCUUGAGCAGUCCAGUGAGCUCUAGGAGUGCUAUCUGGUAGUCCGGUGUUGCUGUACGUUUGUCAACUUUGGGUUCAACAGCCAUGUUUACAGCAACUAUCUUAGCCAUUAUAAUACUAUGGCUGAUCUACAAAUAUUGGAUCUCCAAUUACAAGUAUUUCGAAGAGAAAGGGAUACCAUCGAUACCCGGAAGAUUUCCUUUUGGUAGUGACAUGGACAUGACAUUAAUGAGAAAGUUCCAGGGAGAUUUGUUUUUAGAGAUGUUUAAAAAGUUUCCGUCAUCGCCUUAUUUCGGCUUGUAUCUAAUGAGGAAGCCAACCCUGAUAAUUAAAGAUCCUGAAUAUGUUCAAGUGGUGUUAGUAAAAGAAUUUUCUUCCUUCAAGGACAGGUUGUUGAUUAAGGUACCUGAAUCUGAUACGCUUUCGCAGCAUCUCAUAAACCUGGAAGGUGAUAAGUGGAAAGCUCUCAGAAACAAACUGAGUCCAACGUUUACAAGUGGAAGGAUGAAGGCUAUGUUUCCAUUAUUUCUCAAAACUUCUGAGGCAUUUGAUUCGUUGCUUGAGUCACACGUCAAUUCAGUUAUUGAUGUGAAAGAUUUGGCUACCAGAUACACAACAGACAUACUUUGUAGUUGCGCUUUUGGCUUGGACACGAACGUCAUGCAGGAAAAAGAUAGUGAAUUAAUUCAACUUGGAAAGAAUAUAUUAAAUAUAAAUCUUAGGCUUAUGGUGGCAUUUCUUAUAACAACUACGUUCCCAAAGCUUGCAGAAAUUUUUCAAAUCAGAUGUACACCAGAAAAAAAAGAAAGUCAAUUGUUGGUUUACAACCUCGUAAAGAAAACAGUUGAGCAGCGUGAAGAGAACAAUAUCCGAAGGAAAGACUUUCUCGACCUCUUGAUUCAGCUUAAAAAUAAAGGAACUUUGGAUGAUGAGAAGGGAGAAGAAAGCCAGGGAAAUAUUCCAGAGUUUACGCUGAACAUGGAAAGGCUGGCAGCACAAUGUUUUGUUUUCUUCGUGGCUGGUUACGAAACCGCCAGCUCAGUCCAGUCCUUCUGCCUCUAUGAGCUGGCCUUGAAUCCUGCAAUGCAAGAGAGAGUCCAAACCGAGAUAGACCGGAUGGAACAACUGCAUGCUGGUGUUACCUACGAUGCUGUGAAGGAGAUGACCUAUCUGGAUAUGGUAGUCUCAGAAACCAUGAGAAAAUACCCAACUAUUGGAACCAUGUCAAGGAUGUGCACUAAAACGGUCACUAUGCCAAAUGGAGAUACAAUUGAAAAAGGACAAUUCAUUUUUAUUCCCAUCUGGGCGCUACAUCGCAAUUCAGAGUAUUUUCCAGAUCCAGACAAGUUUGACCCAGAAAGAUUUUCUGAAGAAAAUAAACACACCAUCAAUCCAUAUGCAUACUUGCCGUUUGGUGAAGGACCAAGGUUUUGCAUUGGAAAGAGGUUCGGUCUUCUGCAGACAAAAAUGGGACUCAUAUCUAUUUUAAAAAAGUACAGCGUCGAACCUUGUGAAAGUACCCAGAUUCCAUUGAAAAUGAGCGUUGAGGUUCUGACGAAAGCAACUGAGCCAAUUAAAUUAAAACUCCUUAAAAGGAAGCAACCUUGAACUUCUCCCAUUUUCCCAUUAUAACCAAAGUGGGCAUGACCAAUUAUCAAUCAACUCAUGCUAAUUUCAUUAAUAAUUCUGUUAUAAUAUUGAUUAUAAAUUAUAAGUUUAUGGUACUGAAUGUUUUAGAAUAAUAAUAAAUACUAUUCACUAGCACUUCCCAGCGGUUUUUACAUCAUCAAGCGUGAUCAAAUUAAGAAAAUAACAUUCAAUAUAAAUGUGGAAAACAAAAUAACCAAUAACAAAAAUACUGUAAAAAAACUGACUUGACAGAAAACGUUUUUAGUUAGAUGGAGUUGUCUUUAGAAUACAAUACGUUGAUGAAAGCAAUAUUUUAAGUUCUUCCUUCCAGUCGACUUCAAUAUAAGUUUAUUUUUCUCACCUUAUAUUGUUUAUGGAACAGAAAUACACAUACCCAAUUGGGCUGUGUAGCACUUUAAUGAAAGUUUUGGAUCAACUAACCACUAAACCAGAAAACAUAACAGCUAUUUAUUGUAAUUGAUGAGCUGUAGCAUGAAGAUACGGAGUCAUUCAGAAUAAAAGUAAUAAAAGUUUUUAAGAAAUAUUAAAUAUUUUAAUCAUUCAAUUAGUUAAAUAUUUAUUUCAAAUAAACAGUUGAUUUUUUUUUUUCAUGAAGACAUUUUAUAUCAAAUCAUCGCCAUGAAAUUUUGUGAAAAGGGAAGCUUUUCGAUAAUUCCAGGGUACAUAGUCUUUAUAACAAUUCAGUACAAAUACAUGAUAUCCUUCAGAAUCGAAGUGAAAUGACCCUUACUUCGAAAUAUGUGGUCAGAAUUCUAAUGUUGGAAAAUUUCAAAUAUCUAAAGACGAAACAAAACCAUGCUGGCAGCUGGCAAUAUAUCUUUACAUGCAAUCCGUUUCCAAAAUCGCAAAGUCGAGUUGAUGAUAUAUCGGAUGUUCAAACGGCCAGUUGUGAUAAAUGGCAGAGAAACAAUGACUGAAAAAAAAAAAUAUUAAGUUGCUGGAAAGAAUGUCUUCAGAAUAAUAAACGAUCCAGCAAAUAGAUCGGGGCAAUGGUUGGGAGUCACGAAAAAUAAAGAGAUAAUGGAGAUGUUUAACGAACUAGUAAUAGUGAGGUAUUCAUUAAGAUGGUAGGAUUAUGAUGGCCUGGGGAGAUACAUAUUUAAUGUAUUAAAAACCAUUGAUUUUCCUGCUUACAAGUUGUUAUGUAUAGCUUUUAAACUGUUAAACUUGUUUAAAUAAAAAUGAUUUGUUAAAAUUUAAUAUAAUCUUGAAACAUUAUUUUUAUUAUGAAAACCUCAUAAGAAAUAACAUGAUUAUGCAUAGUUAUUACAGCAAAACUAGAAUUAGAAAUCUUCUGAAUAAUUGUUAACUCUAUUUUUUAGGGAUUUGUGGUUAAUCGUUUUAAUUAAUAAUUAUUUUAUUUAUUUAUUUUGAAAUAGAAAAAAGGUUGAAACUACUAUAAUUCUGUAGCCUGAUGACGUAAACAGUUGUCUUCAUUGUAUUUUUCAGAAUUAAAGUUUAAUUUACUCACCAUA